UCAAAUGUCAGCUUAAAAUGCAAGCUCUGUACAAACACAGAAGGUGAUGAGAUUCAGUUCAGGUUUCUACAACAUGGAGGCAAAAAUGAUACGUUCCAGCUACAACACUGUCUUUAUUUACCUUUAUGUGAGCAUCGUCUUCAACCCAAGCCAUGGUUUUGAUGUGAACCAGCCACAGAAUAAGAUUAUUAACCCAGAUAAAACAGUUUCCAUCAGCUGUGAGCAUACAGCAGACCCCAACUCCGUUUUAGAUGUUCGACUCAACAAAGUAAGAGCAAACAGAUCACUGCUAUGCCAGAAGGGAAUGGACAACUGUAAAAACAUUAUCAUGUAUAACGAAACUUCAGAUCAAGACAAGUGGAUUUUCAUCUUAUUCAAUCUUGGGCCAGACGCAAUGACCUUUGAGUAUGAAUGUGAGGUCACAGCAAAAGAAAAUGAUAUAGACAACACCAAGAGAGGAACACCAACAAAACUACUUGCACUGCAAACACAAGGUCAACCAGCAGAACCAACACCACUACCACCUUCUCUUCAGUCCCAUCAUCUCACAUGGAUACUGAUUGGUCUGCUGACCCUGAUGUUUGUAUACAGCUGUGUUAUCACCUCCUUCUACAUGAGACUAAUGAAUACCAGCAAAGAUUGUGAGAAUGCCACCUAUGUAGAAAUGAGGAAUGUUCCAGUGCAAAGGAAUCCUGACCACAUUUACAACACAGCGCAAAAGUCAAAAAUGCCCCUCAUUUGAAACAUGCAAACAUCCAUGGAAAAAUAGUAUUUAAGGCUAAAACAGAGUUUGUACAAUUCUAAUGAGCUUGAAAGUCAAUACAAAUAUUGACUAUGACCACCUUCAUUAUUCAGUACAGCAUAAAUUCUUAUAACCUAGCUUUCUCAUGAUUUCUUUAAGUAGUCUUCAGGAAUUGUUCUUGAAUGACAUUACAAAGCUCUUCUUUGGAUGUUGACUGCCUUUUGUUUAUUCUCUGUCAAGACGAUUCCACACUGAUUCCACAAAGACAGAACCCUCCCAAAGGGAUUAAUCUAAUCUAAUCUAAUCUAGAGGUUUAGGUUCUGGGGAAGCUAGUCCCUGACUGACAGUGUUCCAGUGUGCACCUUUCUGUCCAUGUCUGCCUGUACUGCACUGGAAGUGUGUUUGUGUGAGACAAAAAUAAUGCCAGAUGAUAUUGCAUGGGAUAUUGCAUUCUGACAGUGCUUUUCUGGGUUUAUAAUUUCAUUAAUUGUAAAAAGAGCCCAACACCACUGGCUGAAAUGCAGACCAAAAAACAUGACAGAGUCUCCACUGGGUUUUACACAUCUCUGUUGUACCUCUUUCCUGACCUUCUCUAUACGUCUUGAUAACAAUUUUAACCAAAAAUGUUGACUUAUUAAUCCACAACUCCUGUUACAGCUGAUUCUUUAACUCUUAAUUGUUACUAUUUUUGGUAAUUUUUGCGCACUUUAUAUAAGGCAACACGCCUCAGUGAGGUAAAGAAGCAUGUGGUCUUGAAGAAUGUGGUCAAGAAUGUGUAUGUUGUAAUGUUCUUAAAAAUACACAUUCCUUUUACCAUAUAUGUAUUUUUCUUACACUUCAUCACCUUGAGUUUGUAUAUGAAAAUGAAACAUAUGGUUGUUGUGAAGUCAACUCCAGCAUCCUCUGGUUGUACUUUUUACCUGAUACAAGGAAUUCUGCUCUUUUGUCUGUAAGCCAUAGACCCAACUUUUAUCAACAGUGAUGGUGAUAGUUAAGUUAUUUUAGCACAGAAGGUGACGUUUACUUGCUGUGUGAAAUUGCAGAUGCUCAUGUGUAAGUGGUCAGAGCUAGAAUUCCAUACAGUGAUCUAAAAAAAAGUAGUAGGUCCAAAGGUUCAUAAGGACUUGACCUUAGAAGGAAAAAUACUCAAAUUUAAAUAAGACAAGGAUUUUGAUUUGUAACCUUUUAAUUAAUUUAAAUGAAGACAGAUUAUGGCCAUCUUGUUUUCCCCUGCUGGUAUUCAGGAAAGCGAUUGUAUUUGCCAUGACUUGUAGCAACUUUUGUGCCUUCUGAAUGUCUUGUUGCCU